CAACUGUGCAUUCUUUCGCAAUAAUUUGCAUGUUUUGCCAUCAUUCAUAUCAAUGAUUUUUUUGGUAUUUAUUCUAUUUGAAUUCUAAAAUGUCCGUAGUUGUCAACUGCGUUCCUGAACAUAAACAAUAAUGGCGGACGAAGUUGCUUCAAAUCCAAGACCUCGUAAAAAAAGAGCAAAACCAAAGACUGUCAAUGAUGAUGAAGCCCUUCUGGCACACACACCGACAUCAAAUACCCAGUUGAGAGUAGAUCAAAUAUUGCAGCAAGUUGUUGCACAAUCAACAAAAGAGGCAACAGACGUGAAGAAAAAGAAAAAGAAAAAGCCAAAGAAUGAGGAGGAAGAACAUGUGCUGGAAUCUUUGAGGAAAGGUGAAGGUAUUCAUGGAUUGCACAAAGAUGAGGACAGUGCUAUUCUGGCUAACACAUAUGACCCAGAUGACUACAGCAAAAGUGAGAAAAGCAACAAACAGAGGCAGAGACGAAAGGACAAAAAUAAAGACAAGGUCAAUGAAGAUGAAAAACAGAAUGUUGAUGAAAAUACUCCUGAACAGUCUACACAGAAAAAGAAGAAGAAAGUAAAGAAGAAGGAAGAGUUCAUUGAAGACGAAAUUGAGAAGGAAUUAGAACUUAUCGAUCAAGACAACAGCAAGCCGAAGAAAGAGCCCACAGCAGCACCAAGGAGGAAAAAGGUCAAAUCUCCACCUCCUGAGGAGGAAAGUGAAUCUGCCCAAAACACAGUUCUUUCAGACGAAGGUGACAGUCAAAUCAAGCCAAAAGUAAAGAAGAAAAAGAAACCAAAGACAGAGCCUCCAGAUGAACUGAGUGUUGAAGAAAAAGAAGAAAAGGAGGAAGCUACCGUUGAGCCGAAAACUAAACCCAGGAAAAAGAAAAAGAAGAAAGAGGAAGAUGAUGAAGAGGUGGAAGGGAAGGAAGAGGCCGAUGCUGAGGAAGAAGAUAAGGAGCCCGAAACAAAAGAGGAGGAAGAGGAAGAAAAGGCUGGAAAGAAAAAGAAAAAGAAGAAGAAACUCAAAGACGCAGUGGUGGAUUUCUUGCAGUCCUUUAAAAGAAGUUCAAAUGACAAGUCUGCAGAGGAAGAAGUGAGCGCAGACAUAGAGGAUGCUGGGAAAGAUGCUGAGGACCUGGGAGAAGUGAUGGGGCUUAUGAUUCACCGGACGGACAAACUAAAGAGUGAUUUUCGCAUCCUGCAUCCCGUGAUUCGGGUCCAUGUUGUGAAUGAAGAGACAGGGAACUAUGUCGCUAAGCAGCAUCAGGAUCGUGCUGUUACCUCUUUCUUUGAGACGUCAAACGAGGCGGUGAAAACUGUGCUCCCCAUGAUGACGCAGCCUUUUGAUUUCAAAGAGAGAAAAUCCACCAUCCCUGUGUGGGAAGAUCUACUGGUGUUUAACGAGAACUUCAACUACUUUGUUCAAGCUCGUCCCAAAGUCUUGCUUCUUUUUGAGCUCAUCGACUUUGUCAGCAUGAACACAGCCAGCCGCCAGUUUGGUUCACAGAAGGAGGAAGGUGGUUGGCACAAGAUUGCUUGGGCAUUUUUAAAGGUUGUGGGCAAGAAUGACAAAGUCAAUGUGGGGAACAAGUUACGUCUGCAGUUGUUUGUCCCUCCCUCCCGGUACAACCGAGUUCCUGGACAGACAGAGGUGUACCAAUGGUGGCGGACGGCAUCAAGGACUCCGUACCCAUCUACGCUGUACGUCACACUGAAGAGCAUCGAGCCCCCGGAGGAAGUGAGUGCUGCCAUGCGAUCCAUGUUCGCUACACAAAAGGAGCUGGGCCACAUGAGUUACAAAGAUCUCAAGUCCAUGAACUGGACGGGUCGCGAGAAAGGUCCUCAGACAAGUCGCACGCUGACCACAUGGACGAGGUUGUUUGGUCAGCUGUGCCGAGUGCCAAAUACCUUGUCGCGGACACUGACUGCAGGGAAGAAAGGUUGCUUUGUCGUCCGCUUCUCCAACGAUGGCAGAAAUCUGGCCUGUGCGUGUCAGGAUGGCACCGACUACCCCAUUCUAGUCUACGAGAUUCCAUCAGGAUCAUUGAAGGGUCAGUUUCAAGGUCACUUUGGCAUCAUUUAUGACCUGAGCUGGUCCAGGAGUGACACCCAGCUGAUGUCUGCAUCCUCAGAUGGCACAGUCAGGAUCUGGGAGCUUGACAAGCUGGGGGAGACACAGUUACGUCUGUUGCCUCACCCGGGCUUUGUGUAUACGGCCGAGUUCCACCCACGUGUGGAGAGUGUGGUGGUCACCGGGGGUUACGACGAGGUCAUUCGAGUCUGGGACAUCAGCGUUGACCAGGAGCAUGGGAUGCUUCAACAAGAGAUGGAGGAGCACCACGGCCACAUCAACUCGGUCUGCUUCGACACGGACGACGGCCAGAAGAUGUACUCGGCAGACAGUGUUGGUACCAUCCUCAUCUGGAAUGUCUUUGUCACAGAGCAGGCUGCUCGCAAACAUUUUGUUAGAGACUGGACUCGCUACCAGGAGAUCAAAGACCCGGAGCUGAAGGACACGCCCAUCAACUUCAUCAAGAUGCACCCGAGUGGGCGGCGGCUACUUGUGCACGCUCGCAACAACUCCAUCUUCAUGUUUGACCUGAGAGUGCAACGAGUGAUGCAAAAAUAUUUUGGUGCUGAGAACUUGAAGGAGAAAAUCUGCAGCACCAUUACUCCAUGUGGCAGCUUUGUCUUCUCGGGCAGUGAAGAUGGUAAACUGUACGCCUGGAAUACUGACACUGGUGACCAAGUGGCUGUCUACACACAACUGAACUACCAAAAGCCAGUCACCGAUGUCUGCUACCACCCCCGUGACCAUAUGUUAGCCGUGUGCUCAUUAGGCAGCAACCACCCGGUCUAUCUGUACAAGUAUGACCCACUCAUCGCUCAAGCAGAUGCCGCCUCUCCCCGGCCAAUGUCUCCAGUGGAAACCACAGACAUCGAAGAUCUAGAAACAGCCAGAGCAAGUGCCUUAAAAGAACUUGACCUCCAGACAGCAAGGUCAAAAGUGAUGAGCAAAGAAGAGUUUGAGACACAAGAAAAAGCCCGGUAUCACAGGGUCAUGAAAAAGCUGGAGACCGCUACGUUACAAAUGAGCCAGGUGCCCGGUAUGGUGGUACCGGAGUCAUUGCUCAGCUCUCGGAUGGACUCCAUCGGGCGUUCCGGUGUUCAGUCGUCGUGGAAGAUGCAGUUUGACACAGACUACUCUCUCACACCGCGCUCAGCCGCUGUUCCCCCUGGAGUUCUGUCCCCUCAUGCCCCUGCGGGCAGCGGCACACAGCUGUCCCAGCAGAUCACAUCCCACCGCGGGUACAUGCGGGCCGCCGACAGUGACUGGAGGCCAGGCUUCUCGGAAAUGGGUCGCCACGGGCAACGGAGUCACAGCCCAAGCGUGUAUGGACGGCCGCCACACCUGUCUCUCAACGCUUCCCUGAACAAGCCACAGUUCUCAUUUGAGUCCCCUGUUGGCAAGACGGUGAAACACAAGCAUGUGGUGGCCCUCUACGACUACCGGGCUCAGAGGUCGGACGAUCUGACCCUGUACAAGGGCGACGUCAUCAAACUGCUGUACAAAGACAACGAGAACUGGUGGAUGGGGGAGCUCAGUGAUGGACAACAGGGCUUCUUCCCGGCCAACUAUGUCACAGAGGAUGAUGAUCCCAGUGUUGCACAGCGCAGCAGUCGGGCAGCCAGUGUCAGCAGCAGUGGCACACUGACCGCCGUCAAGACCAAGACGGGAGAACUCAAGUUCCUGUCAGGAGCAGAAGACUCGGAUGGAGAAACGACUGGAAAUAAAAAGAAGAAAGCUGUCGAUGUACGUUCUGCCGGUGAUGGACGAGGACCCUCUGGUGUGCAGGAACUCAACGACAGCAUCGAAAAGUUGCUGGAUGAGUAUGAGUCCAUGGCAUGAGAAUCAUGUUCCUGGAGGAGGGAAUGGAAUCCAUUGUCCAUUGUGCCAGUUUUUUUCUGAGCAAAGACAGCUUUUUUUUUCUCCACUUACGUGCCAAACUCAGGAUCUGCCAAUGAAGCUCUUGUUUGUCUUUGCACUGUUCAGUCUUUAUAAUAUUUCAGAGGUUUGACUACUUAUAUUUUAUUAGAUAUCUAGAGUCUGUCUAGAAACCAGAGUAAAAACAAAAAGGUUGUCUAUUGAGGUUGAUUCUUUUAAGCCCAUAAUUUCAAAGUAAUGUACUGUACAUUAAUUAGGACUUAUGUCACAUGAGCUGUCAGAACAAUUAUUCCUGCAAUUAUUUAUGUCAAAUUAACUUUGUAUCAAGAAUCUCAUCCGAAUAUCAAAUUCCUUUUUAGAUAAUAUUAAUAACCUUAUAUCUCAUGACCUUCACACUCAACUUUUUAUGUUGUUGAAAGUCUGUGAGAUAUAAAAAGUAAGUUAUACCAACUUGUACAAGGUCAGGGAAUAAAGUUUUGUAGACCUUGUAGUGGGUACAAAAUAAAUCUCAGUUCUAUCUUAAAAACUUGCUCUGUCACCAAAGUUGGGCCUCUUAAUCGAUGAAUUACCUGUUUUAAACAUUUCUGAUUCUUAGUAGUGGUGGGCUGAAAAGUCAAUUUUACUCUCCCUCUUAAGAUUCGCACACUGAUCUAGUUUUGUGAUUAUAGAAAUAUUUUAGAGCGUUAAACUCAAAACUUAAAGAAGUUGGAGAAAAAGAAAGGAAAAGUAAACGAGAUAAAAGUUGCUUUGUUAAGAAGGCUUACUUUUUGUUUGUUUGACUUACAUUGUAAUGUAUAUGCUUAUGUCCGUCUUCCUGCUGCUUUUGGCAAAGAAGUCUUGUUCUAAGAAAGGUCCCUUGUGUUGCAUUGAAAUAAUUUAGUGAGAAGGCUGAAGAGCAACAAGUCCCUACCUUAGAAUUACAAAGUUCUAUCUGCGCAGUACCUAGUUUUGAGAAAUUUAAAGUUUUAAAAAUUUGAGUUUCAUUACAUGUCAAGCUUUUUCUAAUGCAAUUCUUUGAGUAUCUUGAAAAUGAAUCUGAAUAAUCUUAUGAUUUUGAUAGAGCAGAUACAACAUACGUUGGUUUCUGACCUCAUGGUAAAAAAAAUGUCAGAUACAACUUUGUAAUUCCAAGUUAGCUAAGUGUCUGUACAACGGUGUAAAUGUGAAGUAAAAUUAACAGUUCUGUGAAUUGUGGAAAGUGAAUUCCUUUCGGAUCUCUAUGCUGAAUUGUGUUUACAAUGAGAACUGAGUAACUGAUCUUAGAAUAACACAAUCUUUGGUUUGGGGCCACUCAACUGUGAUAGCACCAUAGUGCUUACGCCGUAAUUUAUGAUAUAUGUAGACAUUUAUUAUAUAUUAUCCUACCAUGUCCUGUGUUGUAAAUAAUAUUUAUAGUGUUGUGCGCUGCCCGAGGCAUCGAGUCUUUCUCCAGCCUGCCUUACAUGCUAUGCACUUUGUUCGGGUAAUAUCUGAAAAGGAAGUUACCGGUUCUUUCCUCUUUCACAUGUUGCAGAGGUUGCAAAAACUGUUAAAAGUGUUACAAAAGUAUAUGACAUCUUCAAAAAGCUGUGUAUUAUUUUUUGCAGAGUUUGCAUUCUCAUGGUACAGUUCGCUUGUAAUUACUUGAAGAAUAUUAUUUGCCGCUACUUUUGUAAUAUAGAUCGAUUGAGCUGUCCAUCAUAAGUAUAUGGUCAAUGAUAAAUUCAUUUUUAAAAAUCAAAUAAAUCAAAUUCGAUGCUUGAAAAUACUACUGGGUGUGGUUCGUAUAAUUAGUUACAGACUAUUAUGUUGUUUUAUUAGUUCUAGGUUAUUAUUCUUGCUUCUCUGCAUGCUUCCCAACCAAAAAAGAUCAUGCUGUUUGCAAAAGAUAUGAUAUUCGAAUAUUUGAUUCUAAACCAAAAUUUGGAUGGAGAGGGAAGCUUCCUCUUUGAAGUUAUCAGUAAUUUUGUAAUGCGAUGAUUUAAUUUUAAAGGUGACAUAUUUAAUUUUGCAAUGUCAUUUUCUUCAUGGGUAGAAUGUAUCUAGUUUUUAUGGUAAUUUCUGUAUGACUUACAUUUCUUUUUUUUUCUCUUUUUUGUUUGUUUGGAAAAUACAUCUAUGUUACAAAGAAAGACCAACGUAACCGACUGCUGUGAAUUGAAACACAAGCUUACAAAACAAACUAAAAAUCGCUAUUCCUUUGCCAUUGCCCAAUGAUCUGAGUGCUACUUUUAUUGUCAAGGCUAGGACUGGUGUGGCUGUUGUACUUAAACAGUGAAUUGUGAGUGUAAAAAAACUUGUUGUUUGUUCUACUAUUUAUAUGUAAAGAUACUAUAUUUUGUAGUUAUGUUUUUAUUUGUAAAUGUAAGCAUUGUAAUUAAAUUAUAACUGACAUUUAGUUCA